UUCCUCUACCACUGGACCAAGGGGUACAGGGACGUGCUGUCGUUUGAAGGCGACGUCGCGACCAUCACCGUACGGUCCGACUACCGCCGGUGGUCGUUGUACUAUACGGUGGCCAUUCAGUACGUCACGUUUGGGUCGCGAGCAUGGCGCUUCUGUACGUCGUGAGGCAUCGCGGCCGCGUGGAGGCGUGGAAUUUAUUGAAACUCAACCACGUGGAGGGGGAUUGCCCCAUGCUCACCCUUCGGGCCAUCUCUGCUAUCUGCCUGCUCAGCACGAGCCAAUUGGCUCUCGUGCAGAGCGACCAUCCCGGGUACUUCACCAAGUUCGAGUCCAUGUUGCCUCAAGUCGUAGGCGACUUGCAAACGAUCAUCGUAUCUGCCGAAGUGUGCUGGCACACGUAUAUCCUCAACGACGUCUUGUCCGUUGUUACCAAGGGCUACACACGUCACUACUGCCACGGCGCUCCUGCAGCUCACCGUGCCGUUGACGGUCCAGACUAAGCUGGUGCGAGCGUGCUCGUGGCGAGAUCUGGACGUCAAGUGCACAUACGGCGUCGUCGAAAUUGGCAGUUUGUUCGAGCGUACACCCUUGUGGGCCUUCCCAUCGUGUGUAUUGUGUUGUCGCUCGGUAUUAUCCAGUGACAGCGAGACCCCCACGUACCAGUGCCAAGGCUGCCGUCGCUGGUUCUGUACUCGCUGGGCGGGUACACGUUUUCGUUUGACGAGUGGACCGUCGGAGGUGUCCUGUACAUGGACAAAUCCAGCGCGUUCUUAAACGGACUGGUUGUCGUGGGGUUUGGCCCGACAUUGUACGUCCUCGAUGUCAAACAUGGCGGUCGUAUGCGAUCCCAAAACCCAAUCCACAAUAUGUGCGGUGGGACCCUCGGCUAGUCAAUUGCGUGCCGUUGGUCUCGCAAUAUAGUUGAAAUUGUAAAACACAUAGUCGUAUCAAAACGUAUUCUGAUUCUGAGACCUAUUACAUAUACCCAC